UUAACAGCAACGAUUGUCAUAAAAAAAAAAAAAUCAUACUUAUCGCAUUAAUAUAUUAUAUUAUUAUGAGACGUCUCGUCAGAAAUAAAUAAAUCGUCCAGAAUCUACGGGUUAAAUAUAAUAUCUGAAAAAAAAAUGAGCUCGAGUCGUUAUGACGAUCAAACAACCGGUAUUUUCUGAUUUCAACUUGCACGUAUUAUACGGUAACAAUAUUGUACUCUUUGUAUGCUGUAUGGACCAUUUUAUACAUGCGAUUUAAGUAGAAAUUAGAAAUGUGGACUACUAAUACUAAUACUACGAAGACAACUACAACGAGAACGACGACGACUAUGAGCAGCAGUUUUUCGUCGUUUAUAACGACCAAGACGAAUUCUGUUCGAUCCCAAACGUCGAUCAAACCGGCCGCCGACGUGUGUCCAUACAUUCGCUUGUCUGAAAGCGAUGAAGAGAUUCUAAUCGUGCAAAAUCUCAAAACUCGAAUUGAGCCCAAUCAUGACAUCAGCGAGGCUGUCAAUAGGGCAAUUGCCAGACACACAGAACGAGUCGAUCGCCAUAUCGAAAUUGUUGAAAACGGAUUUAAAUCGAUCAACAACGAGAUCGAACGUAAAAUAUUAGAAGCUUCUCAAGCCUUAGACAAAUCGUUAAACGUCAUAGACAACUCGUUAUCUACUAUUCUCGAUGACCAAAAGUCGGAUGAAUUUAUGCAAUUCGAUUCGUUAAAAAAAUGUUUUCUAGUCGUGAACGAUUUGAUCAAUGAACGUAACCAGAACAUUAAUAGUUUUAUGAACGUACUGUACGACUUUGAAAAGGAAAGAACCGCAUUAAUUAAGGAUUGUUAUCAACAGCACAUGUUAAACGUUAAACAGCUUUCUGGAGAUUCGUUCGUAUGGCUCUACGAAAAAUAUCUUAAAAACUACAACACAAUUAAAUUAGGAAAUUUUCGAACGUAUGAAGACUUGCGAUAUCAAUUAGUACAGUGGAGUAGUACUCUUCACCAAGAUUUCAUACUCAGAGCCUAUGAUGUCAAAAUAAAAAUUAAAAAAAACAUUGGGGAGAGUUUUAAAAAUAAGUUUAUAAGCGAUGCUAGGACGAUUAUAUCAGAUACAAUUGAAUAUACUCAAUCGACUUUUAUUAGUUGUCUUUUGAAUGAUUUAAACGAAUUGUUUGACGAGUUAAUACAAAUAUUAAAAAAACAAAUGGGCAUUGCAUUCAUUUUAAAAUGUUCAGAUUCAUUAAAAAUUUGUUUAAAAAAAAUUGAUAAGAUAAAUGAAAAUGCAACAUCGUUACACAGUGAGGCAUAUGAAUCGAUUCAAUCGCUCUUGGCGAAAACCAUGAAAGAACUUAAUAAUACCGUUAUAGAUUCGGAUGAAUUUCUCAGCCCCAAAGAAUCAACCGUGAUAAACAAUGCAAUCACGAACGAAGCAAUAAGUUUGCAACAGGAAAAAAUGAAAUCCACUUUGGAAGUCCAGUUGUUUUUGAGUGAUGUUAAGAACGUUAUUAAUACAAUCGGUUCGAUGAUUAGACCGGCCAUAGAAAUACUUUGUAGUCACUUUGGACGUUUGAUGAAAGCUAGAAAUAUGUUUUUUGUGGCACUGGAUAAGCAAUUUAAAACCAACGAUUCAGAAUUAGAGAUGCUCGAAAACAAUUUUAGUGAAGAGUUGGAAGCAUUAGUUCAAGCAUCUGACGAGACCAAGAUUAGAAAGUUUGAGAACAUGUGCAUAGAUACAUUGGGUAGUAUUAAAGACAGGAUACAAGUCAAUCGAAAAAUCGAGACGGAGAUCAUAUCAGACUACAUUGAUCUAAUUGCAAUCGAAUUAGACGUCGUUGGAUUAGAAGUUGAAGUUGUCAUGAAAUUGGUUCCGGAAGAUUUAAAAGCAUUUCCAAAAUUUAAUGACGCUAUGCAAAACGAGAGUUGGUCAACGUCCACCAAAACAUCGAUCACAGCUUUUGAAAGAACCGUGAACGAUUUUCAGUAUACUCUUCAUAAAAGUUUGUGGGCGUUUAUAUUGGAAUUAAAAUCGGUGGAUUUAAUGGAUGAUGAAAUGACGUGGACCAGUUUAUUAGAACAAGGUAUUGACGAACGAUUUAAUGUAGCGGAACACUUAGUACAGUUUCGAAUUAUUGGAGUGCAAGGGGAGAUCACAAAGAAAAGAAUAGACGAAAUAGAACAACACAAAAAUCUUCUUGAGCAUCACAUGGAAACUGCUCUAGAAACGAGUAACAAUUUAAAACACAAGACAAAUGAAAUAUUCAAGUUAUUUGAUUUAAAGAAAACAUUGAUACUUAAAAAUGUCAAAAAAAUCAAUAUAAACGAAUUACCAAUAACCGAGUUAACCGAAGUAAUGAACGAAUUAAAAUACCAAGUAUAUUUGGCGGCUACUGAAAUAAACAACAUGUAUAAAUUACAUUACAACGAUAUCGAAUCAAAACACCAAGAGAUAGAAAAUUCAACUUUGGAAUUUAUGAAGUCUAUUAAAAUGUUCCCAGAAGGAGGCAAUUAUGGUCACGAAGAAGCCAUAAGUACUAUUCAUAUGUUAAACGAUUUAAGCCACACUAUGGAUCACAAAAAAACUUCAAUAUUCAAGAAGUUAAAAAAAAAUAAUUAUGAAUCAGUAACUGAUAUCAAACAGAUGCUUUACGAAUUGAUAAAACCAGUUGAGGUUGAACUUGAUAAAAAAAUAUUAAAACAGAAAUAUUAUUCAAUUUACAAUCUUUUGAAUGUCACUACAAAUCAAGAAAUUUUAAAUUUAGAAAAAAUAUUAGACUCUCUACAAACAAAAUUAAAUAUUGCUAAAAAAAUAUUUGAGAAAAAAGACAUUGUGGCGUUGUCAAAGUGUUGGUCCGAAAUAUUAUCGGAGACAACAUCAUUUAUAGAUUUCGUUGUAGAAUCAUAUCAGGAUAUACAGGCUCUGCUCAUGUACAAAAUCAAAAAAUCGAUAUGGAACACGAAAUCUGAAAAGAUGUAUAUGUCGUCAAUUAUUGCUAUGAACUCAAAACAUAACGAUACGUUCACUAGAGGAAAAUUUCAAUUUUACGACUAUUGCAAGACCAUAAUCUGUUGCGGUGGCGAAACCGUAACAGACAGACCUAGAUUUUUGAAAAACAUCUACUCAGCAAUCUUUCAUUAUAUAUUGGAAUCGCAAAUUAACGCUGCAGACUUAGCGAUAAUAGAAUCGGUCGAUAAUACUUGGAUCGACAAGGAACCAGAUACGGCAGUGAUAUAUACCGAAAUUAUGACGGAAGCUGUGAAAAACAGUAGAGAAAUUGCGCUACAGUCUGAGUUAAUUUGGAUAUUUAAACUAUCAGAGUUUUUUGAUUUAUUCACCGACUUGUACGCGAUCGAAUGCCAAUUCAAAAACGCUGUGCUGGCGACUUACCACGAAGAUUCGGUGUCGAGACUGAACGAAGCGUCUAGCGAAAACCGACUGAACACAGAGGCAGUGCGAAAACAGUUGAAGAAUUUUCGCCAGGAGUUUCACUACAAGUUGAAACCAUCGCACGGCCAUCCCCGUAACACCUGGAGACUGGAGUCGUUAAUAUCCGACUUCCAGCUGUUCAAUGCUGAGUGCUUAGAAACGUUAUCGGCCACUUGUGACCGGAUAGUAAUUGAUCUCGAAAAAAUUUCCAAAAAUUACGAGACGAUGUGUCCAAAAGACGUUUUGGUGGCGGCCACUGUGAAUGUGAAAUGCUAUAUGAAACUUAAAACGCUAAUGGAACACAUUGACGAUUCUAAGUUUGUCGACAGCGGUCAUGGAUCUAGUCGUGCUUUAUCAGAAUCUAUGACCAGUCAAAGUUUCCAACUAGCCGUCAGUAACGUGAAAAACAAUUUACAGACAAAAGCCGGUACUAUAUUUUGGCCAGAUAACAGUCAACUAUGGACCUUCAACGUUCAAGUGUUUUCGAGGCUCUGUCGCGAAAGGUUCGAUGACGUCGAAACGUUUAGUGUCGUCGAAAAAGCAAAAAUGAUCGACUGGGCCACGACAUUCGUCAGGGACGUGGAACGAGUAAAGGAACUCGGUCAGUACGUUACCAUUUAGAUAAUACCUAUGUAUUAUUGACUGUAACGGCGAGGGGUUGUACAACGAGAAGACCGGUGAUUAUUGAUAUCCAGCAAUCCACACGAGCUUGAAUUAUGUAACCCACCUUGGUUUUUAAAUCUUAACCCUGCGUAUAAAAAAAUAAAUUGAUACUAUAAUACA